UGUGUGUUUUUAAUGGACGAAUAGGAGAGCAAAAUUAAGAAAAAUAUUUCAAGUUGUAAAAUAUAAUUAAUUUAAUUGUAAAGAAUCAUACAAAUUUGCCAGAAGAAUACCUGCUGCGAAGUGUAAUUGAUUGAAUAAUAUAAAAUAAUUACAGUGAAAUUUGAGAGACUUGUGUAGAAGAAAAGACAAAUUACGAAUGUUGAAAGAAAAACAAAGAUACUACGAUUAAGAAAGAGAGAAAAUAUAGAAUUAGUUGUUGAAAGGAGAUUGAGAAGAUUAUUGCCCGCCACUGAACAUACCCAUCACAGUUUUUUUGCAUUGGCCUGUGUUUAUUUUUCAAUAAAAAAGGAAAAAUAUUGUAUAUCGUAUUCGUACGGCUUGUGACUCUUUUUAGGAAAAAUGACAUCAACACCACCAAAAAACAACUGCAAAUUAAAAUCAAGCCACAACAGCAGCGGUUCUCCAAGCAUUGAAAAGCUAUCUCCAGAUCAGGAUGUCUUCAUAAACCCAACUGAUGGCCUACCCAGCCAACAUCCCACUUUGCCCGAUGGUGAAGUUGACAGUAAUAGCGAGCCAGAAGUGGAUCCAGACUCGUUCGAUGAUUUACCGACUUCUAUUAUUGUGACGAACAUACAUUCAGAAGUAUUUUCCAAUCCUCAAUUGAAGCAGGAAAUGGAAGACCUGUUCCGUUCGUUUUGCGACUCGGCAACGUUUCAGUGGUUGCGAAGUUUUAGACGUUUACGUGUUAACUAUGAUAAUGCAGUGGCGGCUGCCAAUGCACGCAUUAAACUGCAUCAGUAUGAGUUCAACAAGAAGACAGUUAUUACAUGCUAUUUUGCCCAACCGGUAACACCCGUGUCAAACAAAAAUCUACAGCCUCCAGCUCCAGUGAAACAGUUCCUAAUAUCGCCUCCAGCCUCCCCACCAGCUGGCUGGGAACCGAGGGAAGAAAACGAGCCACUAGUGAACCAUGAUCUUCUGGCAGCUUUGGCCAGUCUCACGCCUGGGGAAUCUCAUGAGCUUCAUCCACAAAGUGAAGACCAGCCAGCAAUAGUGGUUCACACAGCAAUGUUGCCAGAAGCUGCUGUUGAAAGUGCAGUUCGUCCAAAGUUACCCAUUGUUCAAACCAAAUGUCCGGAAAGGGCGUAAAUAGAAAUAUCUAAAUGUACGAUUGUAUUGUAUUUUGAUCGACAAAGUGUGGGAGAGAGAGUGAGAGACAAGGAUUUUCGGUUGGUUCGUAUAUAGAAAACAUUCUUAGGGCAUUAUGUUGACUAUGCUAUGAGCUAUUUCUGGAUAUGGAGGUAAUUCCCACAUGUUCCAAGAGAAAAACUGUUCCACUUACUUGGCUAUUAGCAGAUGUUACCUUCUAGUUGAACAGUUCAUUCUUCUCGGAUCUUGCAUUGGAAUUGAACGGUAUGAGAGUAUGUAAGGCUGUUGUUUGUUUUAAAACUAAAGCUGUACACAAAUUAUUUGAGAAUUAUUAAAAAAAAAAAACAAACACACACAAAUAUCAAUAACCUUGAGCAUUUCCAAAAAAAAAAUCAUUACGAAUCGAAUUAGUUUGAGAAGCCUUUGUUUAAUUUGGUUAAAUAAUUUAUUUCGACAAAUUAUUGAUUACUUAUUGUGAUCCUUUUGUUUCGAUGUAGAUACUGAAAUUAUAAAAUAAAAGCAACAAGAGCUCAUAAUGGUUCGUGUAUAGUUUAAGUUAUUUAGUUAGUAAUUUAUUAUUGUACAAAUUCACACACACAUAUACACACUCAUAUACACUAAACGAAAAUGUGGCACAGAAAUAAAAUAAUACGCUGUGCUUUCCAAAGGAAUCAGAAGGAAAAAUUAGAGAAUUAUUAUAAAUUAUAAAAAAAAAAUUGAAAUCCAAAGAGUUAUUAUCUUCGACUUCCUUUGGAAUUUAGCCAAUAAUUUGCAAUUGAUUCUAAUUUUGCAUUGAUUGUUAUAAGAUUUUAAAUUAUUCAAAAUAAAAUAGAACUGUAUGUAUUAUCAUUAACAUAUGAACGAAUUAAUAAAGGCUCUGAUUCAAAAUAUAAAAGGAAA